CUCCAAUAUCAGUAUGGGUGUGGUGGUGUAAUCCCGGUAUGAAUUGGUCAGAUUCGCGUCAAAAUUUGGCGCCUGAGGCCUUGUUGUUUUUUUGGACAUAACAAACAAAAAUGAGCGAAUUGUAUUUUUAAAAUAAUCUGCUAAAACAUGACGACGAACUGACGGAAGCUCUGCCGGAUCUUGAGUGCUAUCAACAGUAGGACUGCGUGUUUAUCAGCGUGAGAAGUGAAGCAGGAGUGAAGCCCUCAGCGGAGGAUCAUGAGCGAGCUGGAGCAGUUGCGGCAGGAGGCCGAGCAGCUGCGCAAUCAGAUCCGAGAUGCCAGGAAAGCGUGCAGCGACUCCAGUUUGUCCCAGAUCACAGCUGGGCUGGAUUCGGUGGGGAGGAUCCAGAUGCGCACGAGAAGAACCCUGCGGGGUCAUUUAGCCAAAAUCUACGCCAUGCACUGGGCGACUGAUUCCAGGCUACUAGUGAGCGCAUCUCAAGAUGGCAAACUCAUCAUAUGGGACAGCUACACAACAAACAAGAUCCAUGCCAUCCCUCUGCGCUCAUCCUGGGUCAUGACCUGUGCCUAUGCUCCAUCUGGGAACUACGUGGCAUGCGGAGGCCUGGACAACAUUUGCUCCAUCUACAGCCUGAAGACCCGCGAGGGCAACGUCAGGGUCACCAGAGAGCUGCCCGGGCACACAGGUUAUUUGUCUUGCUGUCGUUUCUUGGAUGAUAGCCAGAUUGUCACCAGCUCCGGAGACACCACAUGUGCUCUGUGGGAUAUAGAGACCGGUCAGCAGGCCACCAUCUUCUCAGGCCACAGCGGAGACGUGAUGAGUCUCUCUCUGAGCCCGGACUCCAGGAGUUUCGUAUCCGGAGCCUGCGACGCCACCUCCAAACUCUGGGACAUCCGAGACGGCAUGUGCAGGCAGUCCUUUACCGGUCACGUCUCCGACAUCAACGCCGUUUGUUUCUUCCCGAACGGGAAUGCGUUUGCGACCGGCUCAGAUGACGCUACGUGUCGCCUGUUCGAUCUGCGUGCCGAUCAGGAGCUCAUGAUGUACUCUCACGAUAACAUCAUCUGCGGCAUCACGUCCGUGGCUUUCUCCAAAAGCGGCCGCCUGCUCCUCGCCGGUUACGACGACUUCAAUUGCAACGUGUGGGACACGCUGAAGGGAGAACGUGCAGGCGUUUUGGCUGGACAUGAUAACAGGGUGAGUUGUUUAGGUGUGACCAACGACGGCAUGGCCGUAGCCACCGGCUCAUGGGACAGCUUCCUCAGGAUAUGGAACUGACCUGAUUGGACAGGACUGGAGAUUGAUGUGCCACUCUGACCAAUCACAGUCACUGUAGCGGCCUGAGUCCACAGAGGAACCCUUUCCCCCUCUUUUAGCCUUCCUUUUCCAGGUGAUCUUCCCUUACUAGAGCCUUUCCCUUUGGCGCCAAUCCAACUUCCUGUUUCCAGAGGACGAGUGAGGCAGAGCUCUCUCUGAGAACUCGCUCUCUCUCCCUCUUUUUUUUUUUUUUUUCCCUUCUCUCUGUCUGUCUCUCUCUCUGUGGCCUCCUAAUCUGAAAAAUCCUAAGGAAUAGACUCUUGUGUAUAUACCCUUUGCUAUUCUCUGUGCUUGUAUGUGAAAUGUACACACUUGCAGUGUUUGGUUUGGAUGUCGUGCGAAAUUUUUAUGGUGGGUGUGUUGGAUGUCUCAGUCGUGUUUUUUUUUUUUGUUUUGUCCCCCCCCCCCCCGAUUUACAGAUUUUUCUAUGAUUUUCAUGUUUUUGUUGCACACACAGAAGCACUGCCAGCAGUUUGGACUCCUCCGUGAACAAGCUGCUGGCCCGCUGUGCGGUUUCUAGGUGCUGAAGUCGACCCGUGCCACUCAUGGGUCCGUGUUAGAUGUCUGAAGUGUCGUUUUAUGUGAAGGAGCAUGUGAGAUGUGUUGGAGAGCGUCAUGUGACACUUAAAUGCCUUUGCGAUGUGGUGAUUCAGGGCAUUAGUCCGUCUGUCUUGGGGCCCGGUACCUGUGGAUAGUAUUUGCUCGCCGCGCCAUUGUGCAGUAUUGCAGCUGAAUGCCGUUGUGUUGAAGGAUUUAACAUUAGACACGUUAGAUUCUGUCUCUGUUACACUUGGAGUACCGGUAUUGGUCAUGUAUGGCAGAAGAAAAACUCAUGAGUCGGCGAUAUGGGUGAUGAGAUGCUGAUAUUGUGGUAUUAACAUCCUGAUGGCUUUUUUUUUUUUUGGGACUCUAUCUUUGAUUACUGUUGUUUUUUUUUAGCACAACUACAAAUAAUGUACAUGCUGUGUAGAAUGAAUGCUAUUCUUAUCGUAUACCACCGUACACAGGACAUCCAAUCUGAGUCUAAUAAAAAUGGAUUACGAAUAUGCAGCUUAACAAAGAAAGUGUCUGUCUAAUCUGGGCGUUUUCUAUGAGAUCAUUUAACGUUUAUGGAAGGAGCCUCCAGUGUUAGUGCUGUGUAACAGUCAGGGCAUGAGAGAGUCAUCAGGACAGAGGAGUUGCUUAUUUAACAUGCCAAGACACCCCCCCCCCCCCCCCCCCCAAAAAUUAAGGACUAAAGACAGGAAAAAAGAGCAGCUGGUGAGGGAGUGACUGUUUAUAUCUGCUAGAACGCAAGUGAGAACAGGAACUAAGUAAGUUUCAUGGACAUUCCAUAACUAGAAACGGAUAUAACGUGAAAUUUUGCUUGUCAACUAGUGAUGCAAUCGGAUAGCGUUAUAAAAAUAUUGAUGCUUUUUUGUCAAUCCGCAAUAUAAUUAAGUUAUUCCACAAAAUCGAGUCGUACAUGAGCUGAUAGCCAACAAGGUGCAUAGCAAGAUUGAGUGGAAUAACUUUUAUUCUAUCCACAUUCAUUGGAUUUUGGGAAACGGGACUUUUUUUUUUUUGCAAGUUUGAUAACUUUAUACAAAACAUCUGAUCAUUUCUACUUGUAAACAAAUCCGUGAAAGGACAGGAGCAAUUUGUGAAAUGGUAUAAUUCUUGGAAAAAAACCCCACUGUUCUUACCAUCAAAUACUUUUUUCCGUAUUUUGUUGCUUUGGUAUUAAGUAGUUAUUUCAUCCUCGGUUGGUUCAGCAACAUGCUCUGCCAUUUUGUUUUUCUCUACUCAUGGGAUAUACGCUGAUAUCAGUGAAGGUUUUUUUUUUUUUUUAAUAAAAUGCUCUAUAAAAAUACUUUGUAAAAGAGAGAGAAAAGGAAACGUCCAAUCAGCUACUUGUAUUCAGACACGACGAUGAAUGGAGUCUUGGUGAUGACGGACUGAUUUGUAGAUGAUUACCAGUUUAAGGUUGUAAUGAUUUUGCAGCAGCUUUACUGUUCGAGCUGUUCAACACCACCUGACCAAUCAAAUCUUAUUAUUUUAUUUUUUUUAAACAUCAAGAAUUCAGCAUCACUGUGGUAUAAGUCACAAUAUCUAAUCGUAUCGCCUAAUUUCAGUGCCAAAUGUUUUAAAAGAAAUGCAAAAUGCUGAGGGCAGUGUUGUAUUUUGAGGUGAAACUGUAGCGGUAUUAACACACCAUGUAAUGAUAAAUGUUCACGUAUCUACUUAACUGAAUCGCAUCAUGUGGAGAGAGCGAGCAUGGAGGAUCUUUACGGUUUUCUACGGCCACAAGCUUCUAUGAUAUCUUCUCUCCCCCCCCCCCCCCCCCCCAAAAAAAAAAAAAAAUUAAUAAAAUGAAAAAAAAAAAAAGUGAGAUGAGCUUUGAUAUAAAACGACACGGACGCUCCUUCCUGUGUCGAGAGAACAAGCCUUAACUGUUGUUCACUUGAUUUUGUCUUAAUUUCGUGCCAGCUAGUCGAAAUGAAGGCUGAUUUCCUCCCCCUCUUUUUUUUUUUUUUUAAUUAAAUGAUUUUGGUUUAAUUUCUCAUCUACUGGUGGGUUUUUAUUUUUGUGUGUUCUAUGAACUAGGCCUCCUUCUUGAAUCAAACUGUUAACUCUGGCAUGAAAAAAUCUUGAGUAAGGCGUCAAAUGGAUGCACACUUUGACCUGCUGUGAUGAAUCAGUUUUUAGUCUAAAAAUGUGUGUAUAUAUAUCCUGAAUCUGUGUUCUGUUUUAAGCCAGAAAAUUAGCAGGUUUUUUUUUUCUUCUUCUGGAUUUGAAGAUGGAUUUUUUUUUCUUCUUCCCUGCAAUUCAGCUCAUGUCUUAAUUUUUAUAACACAAAUACAAACAUUAAAACCAACUGAAACAUGGAA